AUGUCCUUUUCAAGUUGCAUAACAGAAAAUAUUUCCAGCCUUAUGGCGGAAUUAACAGAAACCUUUGCUCUGCAAGACAGUCCGUUUGCUUGUACACCAAGCGAGUUCAAUGCCUUGCUGCGAGGCGUCACCUUGCCACGAGGUCAGCGGUUCGACCAUGAUCGCCAUGACACCUGCAUGUACAUCACCCGUAGCAAGAAUGCCAACAUAGUAGCCUACACCGUGAACUUGGAGCUGCCCUUAAGUGCAAAGAAUAAGGGAGGGGAUGCUGGUGAUAUCAUGGUAAAAAGGGAAGCACAUCAGAACUGUGAUAAAAGUUCUGACAGUGCCGUCAAUUCGAAAUUUACAUACUAUCCCCUUCCCACGGUCAGUAAAGGUCCCCCGGUGCUAUCUGGAAAAGGAGCAGGGUGUGAGAUUGCUGUGCAGAAUCCCAUUCAUGCGUAUUUCAUAAGCUUGGAGCCCUCUUACUUGGAGGAUCGCCGCAGUAAGGGUCUAGACUAUGACUGCGAUGACUUAAAUAUGCUCGAAAGGAAGUUAGCUUAUGGCUACCGCCACAAGCCUCUCGAUAGUCAUCAUUUCAACAAGAAAUUGAAGGAACUUCUGCCGUCGAAGACGCAUACCAAGUUUGCUGCACUAAAUAAGGAACAACUAACCGUGGUAGCCGACUGGUGGUCGUCUUUUACUCCCAUAGUUAUACAGUUCGUGGCUGCAACACGUUUGCCGUGCGUGUUGCUGCGGCUGAGCCCUAUUGAAAAGGACACGUCUCGACCAGCAUGGCUAAAUUCCAGCCGGACUUCUCCUUUUGCAGACGAGGAUACACUUUCAGUGAUCGUUUCCAAAGUCGAUGGUCAUUUAUGUGUGCUGGAGAAGGCUUAUAUUAUGAGCGUCGAACGCUUUAUGCGACUCCCAAAAGUUGAGUAUAUGGAUCUUUUUGCUGUGUCCUUGAUUACCGGGGAGAUGAUUUCGUUUAGAUUGCUUAAUAAGGGUAAAGACCCUUCCUAG